AUCAAAAUAAAAAUGAAAAUGAAAAUGAAAAUAAAUCCAGUCAUGAUUUCAAUGGCGCUAGAUGGCUCCAGUGGCGAGACAACACAUGUUUUUCUCACUCUGGUGUCAAUCAUCACCAUCAUCAUCAUCAUCAUUAAUCAUUAAUCACUAACCAUGUUACCAUUGUUGCGGCAAAAAUUUCGUAAUCUCUACGAUACGAUUCGUUUUUUACCGAAAGUAACCCGUCGUCGGAUAUAUUUGGCCGCAUCGAUCACGGCCACAAUGACUACAACCGGCAUCUAUGUGGGCCUACAAACCAUCAAAGUCGAUACAUUCGUCAAUCAUCUACAAAUGUACAGAAUGAAAGCACCGAUGCCUGUCAAUGACAAACUGGAUCAUUUGCUGGACCAAACUAUCGAGAACGAUGGAUUCGAAUUUGAUCGUCGUGGCAAGCAUCAACUACAUCUAUUCAAUACAUUCGGUUGUGAUAUCUAUUCAAUUGGCAAUGUUUAUUUGCCGACCGGUGCCUAUAUCGGAGUGCCAUUUACAUUCAAUCUGGAAUCGACCCAACAAUUAGAUACAAACGAUAUACGACUAUUGGGACGUUACAAGACAAAACGAACACGUGAUUCGCCCGUCAUAAAGAAACUGUUUCAAUCAUUGAUACUGAGCGAUGACGCAAAACGUUUUGCAUUCGCACAUCAGCUGCAUCUACUGUCAUCAUCAUAUUUUCUAAUCAAAUCACUGAAUAUAAUGACCAUGACUGCCUUGUACAUGUGGAUCGUGCCCAGAUUCAAUCGUCUACGACAAGUUGAUAAUCGACCAUCACGCCUCUUGCCACGAACAAUGGGUGCUUUUCUAUGUCUGUUCCUCGUGACAUCCAUGACAAUCGUUGCGGAUCAAUUACUGGAUUACAUUUAUGAUUUACGGUCAUUGCGGCAAACAAUCCGACGCAAUGAUCAACAUCUCAAGGGCGGACAGGAAUUUUAUGAGAAAUUGAUUCAACGUAAUCAGGCAAUGUUUGAACUGUUGGGCGAACAAGGACCCAAAAUCUUUACAUCAAAUGGACAUGUAAAACGACUGUUUGGAUUAUAUACAACAUCAUACGAAACACAUCUAGAUUACAUCAACCUUCAUCAUCAUUUAACCCAUCAAUAACGUCAAAUGUAGUAAUGAAUGUAAAUUUUGUCUUGUCUUUUUCCUGUUUCUUUAAUUAUCAUCAUCAUCAGUAAAAUUUAAUUUAAUUUAAUAAUAAA